CAAAUAUUCCUUUCCCAUCCAUCCCUAUAAUAAGUAGUUUUCAAGUUCUUUCUUGCUUGAAUUCUUAUACCUUUUUUUUUUCUUAAUUUUCUUUCAACUAAUCGCAUGCAGUAUUGACAGAAACAUAUUGCGCCUACAAAAUUUUUUUUCAAAGAAGAAUGAUACACUUAGAAGAUUUCUUAUGGGGUUUCUCUAUCAUAUCUCUUUUCAUAUACUUUCUUCAAAGCCUUAGGAAAGCCAUUUCAAUGGCUUCUUUGUGUCUUAGUUCUCCUUCCUCUUCUUCUUCUUCUUUGCCUUCUCCUCCUCCGCCUCCUCCUGUUUCAUGGAUUACCAGCCAGCUUGUUCUUGAUCGAGGAGAAGAUCGGUCUUUUCAAGAUUCAUUAAUCUCGACGACAUGUCGAGAAGAUGAUAUUGUUUCAGAAGAUGUGAAUUUAUUACGUGAUCAUGAAACGCAGAUGGAAGAGAAAUCCAUGCAAGAAAAUCUGCAUUUUGAAGCAUAUCAAAAGGGUUUGCAUGAUAGGUAUUCAUCACCAGGUGUCGAUCCUGCAGGUGGCCCAGUAGGUAAAGAAUUGGAUUCUUUGGUAAUGGAAAAGGAUGCAGCAGAGAAUAAUAGUAAGGGUACUACCAAAUUGAAGAAGAGACCUGCAAGGCUGGUUUUGCCAGAAUAUUAUCCAAAACUAGAAUUUGGGGAGAAAGAUAGGAAAUUGGAGAAUAUGGAAUUUGAGGAUAAAGGUAGAGAUUUCUGUUUGGCUAGCAAGAAAGGUAGAAGACAAGUCAUGGAAGAUGGUUAUGGGAUCAUGACUGAUAUUCUAGGAGAUGCAAAGCAGGCAUUUUUUGCUGUGAUUGAUGGACAUGGAGGCCGUGCAGCAGCUGACUAUGUAGCUGAAAAUUUAGGAAAGAACAUUGUAAAAGCCCUGGAAAAUGUAGGAAAGGACGGAGAUGAUGAUCAUCAUCAACCACUAGAACAAGCCAUUCGCCAAGGCUACCUGGUUACAGAUAGGGAGUUUCUCAGCCAGCAGGGUGUAAGUAGUGGAGCUUGUGUGGCUAGUGCGCUGUUGAAAGAUGGAGAAUUACACGUAGCGAAUGUGGGUGACUGUAGAGUAGUUUUGAGCCGAAAAGGAGUAGCUGAUACAUUAACAGUUGAUCACCGUCUUAGCAGAGAAGAUGAGAAGCUUCGCAUUGAGAAUUCUGGAGGUUUUGUGCAUUGCCGGAAUGGAAUUUGGAGAGUUCAAGGUUCACUUGCCAUUUCUAGAGCUAUUGGAGACCUGCAUUUGAAAGAUUGGGUCAUUUCUGAUCCAGAAAUUAAAUGUCUUCCACUAACUUCCGAUUGCGAGUUCUUGAUAAUGGCCUCUGAUGGAUUGUGGGAUAAGGUAAAUGAGCAAGAAGCAGUUGAUGUAGUACUAAGAGACGGGAAUUCAGUGGAGAGUUGCAAAAAGCUUGUAGAUAUGUCAUUUGGCAGAGGCAAUAUGGAUGAUAUAACUGUGAUGGUCAUAAACCUUCAUAAUUUCUUGCCAAAUUAAUACCAAAUUACAGAUUUUGUACUUUUAUUUAUUUUAAUAAUUUGGUUGUAGAGAGAUUUUGCCCUUUUUUUUCUUAUUUUUUUUAUUUGUUCAAGGGGUGGAGAGGAAUCGGAGUGGUAGAUGUGGCUAGAAUUAAUAGAUGUAAUUUUUGUAAAGGAAGAGGAGAGUGAAUGAGAGGAGAAUAGAGGAGAGUUUAUUUUUGUACAUUAAUUAAGAUUAAAUAAUUUCCAAUUUUUUUCCUUCCACACUA